CGGGGACGGGACCAGAGAGUACCCGGACAGAGGAGCUGCUUUGUCGGCGUGGGACGGUGCGUUUUGCAGACUGGUUUCCAUGUUUAGAUGGUGCCAAACAAGUGGACCAUGAACGCAGUGCUGCACAAGUCACCGCAACGGAGCUGGCUCGGGCUCAAGUUACGGCUCAAUGAGAAGCCGGUGCAGGAGGAGGACUGGGUGUUGUGCCAGCAUCCAGAGUGCUCCGAGCGCAGGAGGGCCUCAAAGGUGUGCCAUCACCCAGACUGUCAGGAGCUAAACCAGCAGAGCCCCCUGCACCUGUGUGAGUCAUGUGACUCACGUCGCCACAACGACAGCUCCGACAUGCACUUUGACCGGCACCCACGCUUCGACCUGCACCCUCAAGCCUCGAUCCUGGCUCGGAACGUGUCGACGCGCUCCUGCCCCUCGCGCACCAGCGCCCCCUCUGACCUGGAGGAGGAGGAUGAGGUCGGCGAGCGCGGGGAGCGGAAAUCUGGGGGGAUGAAAUUGCCAAAAAAGAAGCCAAGAAGACGACACACUGAUGACCCCAGUAAAGAGUGUUUCAGCCUGAAGUUUGACCUGAACGUGGACAUCAACACAGAGAUCGUUCCGGCUAUGAAAAAAAAGACACUCAGGGAGGUUUUGGGACCAGUAUUUGAGAGGAAUGGCAUCGAACUGUCCCGAGUCGACCUGUUUCUGGACCAAUCCAACACACCCCUGUCUCUGAACUUUGAGGCCUACCGCUUCGGGGGACACUACCUGAAAGUCAAAGCGCGCCCUGGUGACGAGCUGAAGGUGGAGCAGGGGGUGAAGGACUUGCGUUCGCUCAGUUUGCCCAACAUGAAGGCGUCCGGAGCCCAGAGUCCCUUCAUCCUCACCCCCGGAGCGGAGAGGGUGGAGCACGGGUCACUGGGCAGGAAGGAGGGCAUCGACCUGCUGGGUCAGGCGAGGCGGAGGAAGAACAUGACGGAGUUUUUGGGGGACGCGAACAUCCCGACCCCUGACGCUCUGGGGCAGGGGGGGCAGAUAGGGGGGUCUCUGUCGCUGCCCCCUGGACCUGUCGGACCUGUGGGACCUGACACAUGGAAGAACAGAGCAGCCAGUCGCUUCAGCGGCUUCUUCAGCUCCAACGCAGGAGUAGGGCCGUUCGGAAAGGAGGUGGACCGCGUGGAGCAGCUACAGAACAAGCUCCACUCGUACUCUGUGUUUGGUUUGCCCAAAGUCCCUCGUCAGCUGGCCUUUCACCAGGACUCAUGGGAGGAGGAGGAGCAGGAGACGGAGCUCAGCCUGGAGGACAGCUGGCAGAUGCUGCUCGACCAGCCAGAGACACUGACGCGGAGGCAGUUCCACCAGCAGGAGGCGAUAUGGGAGCUGCUUCACACUGAGGUCACCUACAUCAAAAAGCUCAGAGUCAUCACUGAUCUGUUCCUGUGCGGGCUGCUGAACCUGCAGGAGAGCGGGCUUCUCACAGAAGUGGAGCCCACCAAACUGUUCAGUAACAUCCAGGAGAUCGUACGGCUCCACAGCGCCCUCUGGAGCCAGGUCAUGGUGCCUGUGCUGGAGAAGGCCAGACAGAACCGCGAAAUGUUGGACCCCACAGAACUGCAAGAGGGAUUUAAGACGUUCGGGCCUCGGUUCCAGCCGUACAUUCGUUACUGCAUGGAGGAGGAGGCUUGUAUGGAGUACAUGCGCUCACUGCUCAGGGACAACGAGCUCUUCAGGACCUACGUCACGUGGGCAGAGACACAUAAACAGUGUAACCGUCUGAAGCUGGCCGACAUGUUAGCCAAACCUCACCAGAGACUGACCAAGUACCCCCUCCUCCUGAAGAGCAUCCUCAAGAAGACGGACGAGCCCCCUGCACGCGACAUCGUCAACAACAUGGUGGCCACAGUGGAAGGCUUCAUAAACGGCGUAGACUCUCAAAUGCGACAGCGGCAAGAGCAACAGAAGCUGGCCACGAUCUCGGCGCGCAUCGACUCAUACGAGGCUGUAGAGGGCAGCAGCGAGGAGGUCGAGAAGAUAUUGAAAGAUUACAACCGCUUCGACCUGAUGACUCCGAUGAAAGGGACGUCAUCGGAGGAGACGAGGCAGCUUCACCUGGAGGGGGCGCUGCGCAUGAAGGAGGGCAAGGACAGCAGGAUGGAGGUGUAUUGCUUCCUGUUCACUGACCUGCUCCUCAUCACCAAACCAGUCAAACGGGUGGAGAAAGUGAAAAUCAUCCGACAGCCUCUGCUCAUUCACAACGUGGUGUGUAAAGAGCUCAAAGACCCCGGCUCCUUUAUCCUCAUCUACCUCAACGAGUUCAAAAGUGCAGUGGCAGCAUACACAUUCCAAGCCAACAGCGCCACCCAGGGGAGAAGCUGGAUCGAUGCAAUCUGCAAUGUCCAGAACCAGUUGCAGAGGCUGCGCAGUGAGGAGGUGGUCCGGCAGCAGAACAGGGUGAAGACCACCACAACUGAGGAAGAGGAGGAAGAGGAAGAGGAGAGCAGCAACUCCACAGCCAGCUCUCCCAGUCUGACGCACAAGCAGAACUCAAGCCAAUCAGACGGCUCCACUGAGACCCUGUCAGUCAUGGACACUGAUGAAUCCUCCAUUCCAAGUUUAACCUUCACUGACCUGAGCGACGAAAACCCAAAAGACCCAGGCGUUCACUCCCACCGCUCUCUACCCACAAGUCUACAAAGAGUCCUGUCCACCAUCUACUCCGAGCCCGACCAGGAGGGGGAGCUAGACGACAAGCUGGACCCCCAGUGCAGGUCCCUAUCCAUGGACAGCGCGUACGGGACCCUCUCACCUGAAUCCUUACUCAGAGAAUUACAACCUCAACAAGGACAGAGCGAAGGAGAGGAGACCGAGGAGGAGGAGGUGGAGAGAGGAAACGAGGAGCUAGGGAACGAGGAAGAUGAAGAGGAGGAUGCGGCUUCGCUUGGAUCGCAGUUGUCUGUAGUUCAGUCUGCGAAGCCGCAUAGAAAACCCGCUCAACCUAAACUUCACUGCUUACAAAGACUCGCAACACUGUCUCGUUCUGAAGACAACCUUCUCCAAAAAGUCCACAACACACCAAAUAUUUCAAAUUCAAAUUCGCUAAAUGUUAAAAGGCAGGACCAAAAUUCCGAAAUGCUACCUACACACAGCCGUAGCAUGUCCGCACUGGGCCUGAGCUACAUCGAGCUAAUCACAAAUGAACUACUUGGCCAAUCUGAUGAUAGCUUGAUCGUCAGCAUGCCGUCGGAAAAGCUUUGUGCUACUUUGAGGAGAGCGGAGGCGAGACGUAUGAACAGACCGUUUGCCAGCACGGGAGAGGGGUCUGAUGGGUCAGACGGGGAUGUGGCUCCCUCCAGUGGUGGAGAGAGGAAGUGCGAGACCGCAGGGGAGUCGGGAGAGGUGUCGUUGAAGAAAAAGAAAUCUCCAGUCCAGCAGCAUAAGAAGCUAACACUGGCACAACUCUAUCGGAUACGCACAACCAUGGUCCUAAACUCCACCCUCACUGCUUCGGAGGUAUAACCACUUGUCAGCAGCCGAUUUGUGGCCUGAUUUGGACCAUGGAUGAACUGAACGUCUUGACAAAAAUGCACUCUCUCUCUCUGCCCUCUCUGUCAUAUUUUUGCAUGGGACUACAAACUCUACAUUUUGUGCAUUUUGAACAAUAACAACUUUUUUUUUUGCUGUUGAACUGAAAAAAAAAAAAAUCCUCAAAAGAAGAGAGAGGCGGGAGACACCAACUGCUUGCACUUUGAAGUAGCAUUUUGGAGCUGGGACUUUUAAGGUGGACUGGAGAAAUUGACUGUACAGGUGGGAAAUUAAGGAUAAGGAACUGGCUCCACCUUAAGAAUCUUGAAUCUGCUUUUUGUUAAAACCAGCACCUAGGAUGUCCUCGUAUUUGUACUACUCCUGAUUUUGCUUAAAAGAAUUAUUGCACACUUGUUUUGAACUUCACAAAAAAUAUGUUAAUAUGUGAAUGAAUUAUAAUUUUGACUGAACCAAAAAAAAAGAAACCUGUGAAAAUUUAAAGUCCCCCCAAAGAUGAAAAUACCAAAAAACAAGCUAACUUUCCCUCACCUUGUCACACGUGGCUAACCGAACACGUUGCUAGUCUUUUUGGGUUGAGGUGGCUAACAUUUCAAGUUGUUUUGGUUAAUUCUGUGCACUACAUACACUUAUACGAGCUUAAACUCACCCAUAGUACCACAUUGUACCGUAUUCUCAAAAAGAAAUUACAAAAAAGUCAUAUCAACAUGGAAUAAAAAUGACUUGAAUUCAGAAUAUCAACUUGAUCUUGUAGUUUACAUGUAUUUACUUAAAGCUUCAGUAUGUAACUUAAACAACACAUUCUUACUGUGAGAGGGCUCACCACUCCACAGAUCUCAACUGUAAUUUGUCCCAGUGUGGACACGCGCUUGUCUCCAUGGAGAUUGAUGAGUGCAACGCCAUAGUGUGGAACAUUCCAAUCCAGACAAAGCGACAACGUUUUCAUGAGGACAAGUAAAUGACGUACCCUCCACCAGAAAAGUUACAUAAUGCUGCUUUAACAGGCCUAUUUUGUGUAAUGAGUCAGUUAUUUUUUUAUUAUAAACUUUGUAUUAUUAGUGGAGUAAGGACUUGGCUAUUUCCUCACUCUACGGACUGUCUCAUAAUUUUAAUUGUAUAAAAAAAAAAAAAAAAAAACAUUACAUUAAAGGCGCAGUACCUGAUUUUUACUGCCAAAAACAGAAUUAGUUCAUUUUAAACAGUUUGCAGUGGUCCAAAGUUAUCCCUCACUUACCUUAUGCAUUGAGAACACCCUAAUUAUUCACCAUGAUGAGUUUAUAAGCUCUUUUCACAACUUUGCAAGACCAGAGUGGAGUUUUGCCAUCACAGUAAACCAGCUAGUAUGCUAACCCCACACUUCCUGAUCAUCAGCCAAUAAAAACGGUUUCAACAUCCAUUUUUAUGCUCAGAUACAUGGGGAAACAAUUGAGCAUGUGACCUUAAAUACAAAUUAUUAUAAAUGUAUUAAAACGUGUGAAAGAAUAAUGGCACAGUAUCAAGUAAAUACAUUUGAAUGAGUCUGAAAUGUUCAAAUUAAGAUUAAUAUUCUGAUUUCAAGCCAUUUCUGUUCAUGUAGCUAUAAUUAUUUUUGCUGUGUGGCCAAUGGACUCAAAAUAAAUAAGUCUAUGUAUUCAGUAGUUUGCUAAAAAUGUGUUUAAAUUUUGGAUAACCUCCCAAAACGCCGUAGGUUGUCAGUUUACCUUUAGUUUUGUCUCUGUGUAAUAUUUAUUAUGCUAUGACAUGUUUUAUAUAUAAGAUAUUGUUUAUAAUGUUUCUUUAAUAUGAUUUGUACAUUUUUCGUUAAUGUAGUCUUAAUUUUAACUUGUCGCCCGGGCAACAAUGUGCUCUGAACCAAAAAUCAUGUGUUUCCUGUUUUGGGAAUGACUUCAAAAAGUGUCUUACACAAAUAAAAAUGAUAAAAGAUAUUCAA